AUGGCUUCUAACGCAUAUAAUCACCACAGUAAGAAGCUGGCGACUUCCGGUGAUGACAAUGAACCCAGCGCUAAGCACGGUCCAAUUCACUUCUUUCGAUCCAUCAAGAAUCACAUAUCCAGAGAUAUUCAUGAUUCUAUAGGCCACAAAGGCUCCGAGCAAUCCAGAAAGCAUUCUUCUACUACUUAUCAGAAUUUGUCUUCUGAGAAAUCAAUAUCCUUUGAAGCACGCAAAAACAGUGCGUCUACGCUACGCGUGCGUUCAUAUUCAUUAACAAGUAAGAAGGCGAUACCGUUUCUUGAUGAGCAAGGCGAAGGAGAAAGAUCCGGAACUAAAGUUCCAGUUCCGGAGCAGUUACAUAGCAUUCCCCUGAAAAAUGAUGGUGCUCAUGACAAUGAUUCCACUCGAUCUUCUGUUCAUAAAAGUCUUUCCAGUCCUCAACUGAUUAAGCCAGAUGACAGUUCGUCGCUCAAACGGGCGCACACAACUGCUGCACAUCCUCACAAGAUGGAAUAUAAUCCCUAUGGGAUCUUUCGUGCGUCGCAUAUCGUAGAUUUUGGAACCAUGUUCGGCUCCGGAGAAGCUAAGCCUGAAAGUAUGUUGAUGCUUCCAUAUCCCACCGAAGAUCCGAACGAUUAUCUACCACCACAGUUUCAGGAGAAAUGCCAGUCUCUCGAAGACCUCUACGACACUACUGCAAACUCUUCCAUAGGAUCAGGAGGAGCUGCAUUGAUUAAGAGGGUGAGACUCAAAAGUAAUCAAAGAGUAUACGUGGCUUUAAAGAAGUUCUCUCUUUUCCGAGGAGAAUCUGCUCAACAGUAUUAUCGACGUAUCGUGCAAGAGUAUGUGGUUAUGAAGAAUUUCAAGCACAUUCACACCGUGUCCUGCUAUGAAUUACUCAAGCUACCCGUGUACAUGCAGCGUUCUUGGGGCAUGACUAUGGCCUUCUUUCCCUGCGACCUUCUUUCUCAGGUAAGGAAGACGGCUUGGAGAGCUACAUCACUUUCUGAGAGGCUUUGCUUCUUCAAGCAGAUCUGCUUCGGCUUGAAAUAUAUGCAUGAGUGUGAUAUAGCUCACCUGGACAUCAAGCCCGAAAAUAUUCUUGUAGCAAGUAACGGAAUUCUACGAAUUACAGACCUUGGAUGUUGCGAAUUCGGUCACGAGGAACCUGGAAACUUCAAGUCUCCUGUCAAACUUCGAAACAAAUUGCUUGGUACACCUCCCUACCAACCUCCCGAGGUUGCUCUUUAUAAACGUCUCGAAAUCGGCGACAGACCGAAGUUUGAUCCGUUCAAAUUUGACUACUGGUCUUUAGGCGUGUUGCUAUUUGUUCUCAUUAGAGGUAAAACCCCAUUUGCCGAAUGCAAGCCGUCAGAUUUGAAUUUUCUUGACUACGAGAAAACUUAUACCAGAUUUUGUGACAUUGUUCCGGAAUUUUUGAAGAAUGACGUCUCAAAGUGCCCUACGAAAGGUCGUUUUGCAGAAGGUUUUGCCAAUCCCAAGAUCGCUCGUAUUGGUUGGAGAUUAUGCGAUCCUAAUUAUAAAACCCGGAUGACAAUACCAGAACUAUUUGAAGACGAGUUCUUUCAGAAAAUAGAAAUGUGUAUCGACGAGGCCAACUACGAAUGCAAUUUUGUUCACCAUAGAGGUGCAAAAGGCAGAGCAUUUGAAGUAGAGUAUGGGUCAGAUGUUGAGCUUGUCAAGAACGGUAAAUUAGGAUGUCGAAGACUUACAAACACAUCCUCUAUGAGGAACCCGUCGAUAUCUGAUAGAAAGACUCCUGACAGACUUUUGGGUGAUCGGCCUUUGGAUACCGGACUCCCCAGUGAUAAAGAUAAUGCAUCGCCGACUGCCUCCCAUAAAUACGAGUCUCUAGUUGAGAUGGGACUUCGGAGUCGGCGCCAUGAAGAUAGUCAUGGCAUCAGCAGUAGUAGUAGUAGCAACAGCAGCGCCAGCAGCAUCAAUAAUGCUAAAAGGAGUACAUCAGUUCAUUAUCAGUCAGACUUAAACAGGGUGGACGAGUCGAAGAGGGAAGAAGAGGAGGAUAGACGGAACGAAAGUCCUAUUAAGUCUUCCUCUUCUUCGUUAGAGCCAGUGGUCGACUCUCAUGCAAGCUCCAGCAAUUUGACGUCCACUAGCACAUCUUCAUUCAACACUACCGAGUCGGAUUGGAACAAAUAUGAGGAUGCCAUUACAGAGGAUGAGAGUUCUUCUUUCUUGUCUGCCACUCCCAGUGUACACAACAAUAAUAGUGAUAUGAGUGACAGGUCUCCUACUCCUGGUCCUGAGGUGGCUCCUUCUACUUCCGUUGAGAUACAUGAAAGCGAGGCAGAUAGUGAGAAUAAGGGAACAAACGAGAUCAAUCCAUACGAUAAAUACGAGUUUAUCCAUCCCGAUGGUACCGCCUCUUUUUAUGAGUUUAGCGAUGAUGACCAUAAAGAUAAAAAUACGGAGUAUAUGGUCGUCAACUACGAUACAAUGGUGAAAAAUACCCAGUUUGAGGUCGUUACCCAUGCACAUGCUAUUUACUAG